AUGGCGGCGUCCGUACCUGGGAGACUUCAGCUUCAUUUCUGGACAGAGGGUGGAAGUGGAGACACAAUGGUUGCGUUGGCCGUGGCUGUGUUUGUAACCUUGUCGUCUUGUGCACUCGGCUGCUCGGGGAACAUGAAUUCUUCUGAGCUGAAUCUUCAGAGCUUGAAGAUUCAACCUGCUGAUGUUUUCAAGCAGAUGAAUAAUCCACAGUGUGAGCAAACCUCACUUCAGCAGGACGCUCUGACGCAGGUGAACAUGAAGAGCCUGAAGAAAAAGACUCAGAGCGACUUCGGAACAACCCUUCUUACUUAUGGCACGAGUGAUGAGGAGGAGUACGACCUGCGUGUGUCUGAGGAAGACUCCAGGAGGAAGAGUGACCCCUGCUUCCACUACUCCGUCCUGGACCAGGCCUGGCGAGCCACCAACUCCUCCACCAAGUUGAAGAUGUGCGACCGCAACGCCAAAUGGAAAGGCUGGUACCGCCUCUUCUACAAGGGUACGAGCAUCCAGAUGCCCGAGCGGUGCGUCCCGGUGAACAAGUGCAGCACCCACGCCCCGCUGUGGCUGAGCGGGCCGCACCCGAGCAGGAGGGACGGCAUCGUCACCCGGAAGGUCUGCGGCCACUGGAAGAAGAACUGCUGCGCUUUCAAAUCCACACCCAUCCAGGUCAAGAAGUGUCUCGGCAACUACUACGUGUACAAGUUCACCAAGCCGGCGUCCUGUGAUCUGGCUUACUGUGCGGAUGUCAACACACUGGUGUGUGCGCGCUGCAGAAAAAACCAGUCCUGUAAGAGCCGAGACAAGAUCAACUGGAAGUGUAUCACAAGGAAAGUGCUCAGCAGAAAGGUCCACUUCUUCGCCUCCUUCCCGGGUCAACUCUCCGGCAAGGUGAACCGGAUCAAGUACAGCAAGGUGCUGGUGAACGUGGGCCGGGCCUUCAGCCGAGGAACCGGGGUGUUCAGGGCUCCGGUCAACGGGAUCUACCAGUUCUUCUUCUCCACUCAGACCAGCAACACUGGCCAGAAGACGGACCUGUGGCUCGUGGUCAACGGCUACUGGGUGGCGGUGUCUCACACGCUGGUCACCCGGCCCUCGUCCGUGGGCAGCCUGGCCACGUACAUGACCUUCCUGCGCCGGGGGGCUCGUGUGUUCGUCACACACAACUGUGGGAAGUCCUGGGCCAACGCGGCGUCCAUGACCAUCACCUUCGGAGGCUCCAUGCUUGUACAGUUAAAAUAACGUGUUGACAAGGGGGUUGAAAGUGUGUUGUUCUCUGAUGUUUCCUUGUGUGUGAAGAUGAAAGGGGAUUUGUGUUUCAGUAAAUAUACAGAAAGUGAGAGAAAGACCAAGUUUACACUCUCUCAGUUUCUAUUUCUCUUAUAUACAAUUUAAUUGGUGCUUUUUUUGUGUCAGAGCUAAAUCCUGAAG